UUUUGAAGGGUUAUUCUAAAACAAGCUACUCAAUGUUGUUCAGGUGUGUCAAAACGGUGACCUUUAAAUCCUCAGAGUUACCUUAACCACUACCACCUCAACAACAUCCUUUCACAAAAUGGAUACCGAAAUGGCAGUUAGUAUGUCAAAUUUCUUGCAGGAUCAGGCAGCUAGGGCUCCUGAGCAAUUUCAAGAAUAUUAUUUUGCUAUGGAAGAUCUAUAUGAACGAAAAUUAUGGAAACAAUUAACAGAUAAACUUAUUCAGUUUUUUGAGACCCCCGAAACUAUUCCAUUACGACUUGAUCUUUACACAAACUUUGUUAGCGCGUUUCGAUCAAAUAUAAAUCAGCUCAAAGCUGUUUACAUUGCUUUAAAGGCCUUUGAAUCUUGUUCAAAUGAGGAGGCAUUUCGCAAUUUAACCCAGCUGAUUGAAGGUAUUGAUGAAGAAAAAUUCAAAGAUGCCUACGUUUAUGCUUUGGUAGCUAUCGGUAGAAUCAAGCUUGUCUUUAACGAUCUGGAUGCAGCCAGAGAUAUUUUGAUUAAGUCUGAUAAACUCAUUGAACGAAUUGAUUACGUGGAAAAUAUCAUUCAUGCUUCUUACUAUAGCGUCAGUGCAGAUUAUUACAAGGCUAAAGCGGAUUAUGCUCAAUACUAUCGUCAUUGCCUUCUCUAUCUAUCCUGUGUUGAUUUGGAACAACUGUCUCGGAUGGAAAUAGAGGAGCGCGCUAUUGACCUUAGUGUCGCUGCUAUCCUGGGUGACAUUUAUAACUUUGGUGAACUUUUGUUACACCCCGUCUUCCAGGUUUUGGUGGGUACUCACAAUGAAUGGCUACAUGAUUUGGUCGUGGCUAUGAACGUUGGUGACUUGGCUAAAUUUGAGCGUCUCAUGGCACACAUUAACAAGAUUCCUCUCUUACAAAGUUCUGUGGGAUUACUUGGCCAAAAAGUUCGUCUUAUGGCUUUGAUUGAGCUUGUUUUCCAGUUACCUCCUAAUCAGCGUACGCUAACUUUCCAUACAAUUGCUAAAGCAACUCGCAUUCCUUCCCAUGAAGUUGAGUUAUUAAUUAUGCGUGCUCUUAGCGUUGGCCUAAUCACCGGCGUGAUUGACCAAGUUGCACAAAUCGUAAAUAUCUCUUCUGUUCAAUCAAGAAUCCUCAAUCACGCUCAGGUUGCCAGUAUGGAAACACGCUUACGCGAAUGGAAUCAAAACAUUCAUUCAUUGAGUAAUAUCGUUGAAGCUUCUGGCAAAGGAGUUUUUGUUUAAUGUUUUGCGUUUAUGCAUAUGAAAAUGGAAGAACAAUAAAAGAUCUAAUCAUGACAUUGAUAGAAAGUUAACUAGUUAACAUGAAUCUGAUGGUUUUCUUAGCUCUAAAAUUCUUAAAGGACUGAAAAGAGUUACAAAAAAUUCUAAAUAAGCUAUAUGAAAAUAAAUGAUCUCCAAAGCUGUCAAAUCUAUUGAAUGAAAAAUCCAACAGAAUCCAUAAAGCCCUAUAAAGUAUUAGUACAUUGUUGAUUAAAUGAAGUAAAAUCCAAUCUUACCGCUAGUGUUCCGUAAAAGCCAACCAAUCUGGAGCCUUCAGGAAUUUUAUAUAGUUUUUGACCACCGCCAUUCGCAUUACCAAAAAAGGGGCUGGUGUUACCGUUUUCCAAAAUAAUACUAAUUCCAUCUACCCAGGCUCCACUGCGAAUAAGAAACCCGGAAAUGCGACUACCUUCUGUAUCGAAAUCGUGAGGACUUCCCCCACGGUUUCCAAGAAGGGCAGAAUCUGAGCCAAAAAAGGCUUCAAUACCGUCUAAAGCAAGACCACAAUGCACGCGUAUUUUAGUAAUCUUCUUAUCAGGUUGAAACAACAGAUCAGACAAUUCGUUCCCAUUGCAACCACGAAGACCAAAUCUUUCGGAGCGAUAUACGUUUCCAAAGUUGGUAGACAUUUUUGCAUUCCUGAUGAUACCAGGGAUAUCACUUAAAUCUAUGGCUUUAUUAUUCCUAGAUAGGAUGCGAAUACGAUAAUCUUGUCCAGGGUUGGCAUUUGAAAGGGAUCGUAUUUCUGCGUCAGUAAAACCAGCCUCUUCCGUAGGAGGAUUGAAAAUCUUCCACCCCUUAGUCUGACCAUUAUAUUCGAUUUCCGCAAGGAAUAUCCCAGUCUUAUUCGUGAAAACUAUCUGUUCGUCACGUACAUAGUAGCUUGUUUCAACAUCUGUAGGAUAAACGUGGUCAGAAGGAAGUCGGAAACAAGGAUGAUAAUAGAAUCUCAGUAGAUCCAAGUAAUGCCAGGAGCAUUCAUCCUUCGCAAGUACGGGAGCAAGGCCUUUACUUCCUGUUCGGACACAUUCAAACUCCCUCGUUGUAAAACUACGGUUAAAGAUUGGAUAAGAACGUAGCAUAAUGCCGUCAGGUUGGUGGGGGCACCCUAAAGUAUGGCCAAGUUCAUGAAGUAUAGCUCCAAUUCCAAUAUUAGCACACUCCCAAACAGUAGAGCUUUCAUUGGCAUCAUUUGCUAAAUAAUCGGGAACCCUUCGGGCAUCACUGAAAACAGGUACCACAUAUUCAACUGCGCUAGGAAAAGAAUGCAAAGAAUGUGAACCAAAAACUCCUAAUUUGUGCAUAUCAGUACCACCUCCUAACGCGACAUGACCUCGGACUUCUUUCGAAGAAGGAUUAUAGCGGGUAUCUAACAGCAUGCAGACGUAGUGCCAUGGCUCUGGGAGAUUCAGGUUAUCAACGGCGUUCCCAGCGACAUGGAAAAGCUGAUCAGGAGGAGUAGAACGAAUUUCCUCAGCUGUUUUCUCUGAUCUCAAAACAUGGAUUGAAGCAGUUAACCUUUCAGUACCCCAUUUUGAUUGACAAGACAUUGUGUCAGGUUGGAUUUCUUCUUCCAGACGAAAUGUACGCCUACCGAAUCCAUUUCUGUACAUACAUUCUGCGGUAAAGGCUUGCCAAAGAUAAGCUGCGCAGCGCAAUUUACGGAUCGCUUCGUCAAGGUCAUUCUUCAUACCAUAAGGAGCGUCAAAUCUUAAAUCAGAAUCUCUUCCUACAACAAGGCCAAUCCGAUAGAAAGGGUUAUCAUUUAAUACUUGGUAAUUCAAGCGUAAAGGGAGCUCAAACCCAGUGUCUGUUCGAAAUCGGAUGUCAUUUACGCCUGGCACGACGUGAACAAGAGCUUUGAAGUAAGAGCCAGUGACGACCCAGGCUUGUUCGGGGAAUGUAUCAUUGUGCUGCUUCACGGUUACGAUUCGGGAAGUGUGAGAAUUUAUUUUGGUAACCCUACCAUGAACAAUGACAAAUCUCUGUUAUAAAAAUGUUGAUUAGCAUUGCGAACGACCUUAAACGAUAAGCAAGAUUCUAUAUAGUAUAACAAAAAAUUAUUUUCCUUACAUGGUAUACAGUCUCAUCGUUACGAAUAUUAUCU